UAAAAUUUUUAUUGUAUAACUGGUUGAUUAAUAUUGUCAAGAUUUUUUUUAUUUGUUUUUGUUUUGUUAAAUUUGGUUAUACUUUUUUAUUUAUCACUGUGAUUUGUUUCACUUAAUUAUUGAUAACCUAUGUGGAAUAAUUUGCGGGGAUACAUGAUUCAAGAUAUAGAAACUUUUCUUUUAGAAUGAAGUUGUUUCUUUUAUUAUUCUCUUAUUUAUGUUUUGCGGAUGCUCAAUGUUUAACAACAAAUGACAAUCCACUCACCUCCAAUUACGAUGCCAGAAAUUUACUUAUCGAUGGACGUUUUCAAUUUUCUUUAAAUACUUUAAAAAUAAUAGCCAAUAUAAAACAGGGUGAAAAUAUUUUCUUCAGCCCUGUCAGUUUAUAUGAAGCUCUUACUCUUGUUUACUUUGGUUCGCGAGGAAGUACUGAAGAUUUGUUGAAACAAGCUCUGGGAAUUCCUGAAGAUUUUUCCAAGAUCGAUGUACAGAGAUUUUUUUCAUUUGAAAGUAAUGAUAAUGGCAAAAAGGAAGAAACCUCUUCAUUACCUAGUGUAGAAUAUAACGUAGCAAAUCGCUUAUGGGUAAAGAACAGUACAAAAAUUAGAAUGUGUAUGUCUGCUAUUUUUAAUCAUGAAAUAAAAAAAGUUGAUUUUCGAUCUAAUCCUGAAUCAGCAAGGAAUGAAAUUAAUAAUUGGGUUAAAAAUAUUACGAAAGGAAACAUACCAGAAUUGCUUCCUUUUCAAAGUAUUACUGAAGAUACUGAUCUUGUAUUAACAAAUGCAGUAUAUUUUAAGGGCCAAUGGAAAAGUCGUUUUAAUCCUGAAAAUACCAAAAAAGAUAUUUUUUACCCAACUGAAAACAAUGCUACGUUUGAAAAUUUUAUGCGUCAGAAAGGGACAUUUAAUCACACUAUUUCUGAGGUUCUCGGUGCCCAUGUUCUUCAGCUACCAUACAAGGAUGAUAAUACAUCUAUGUUUAUUUUUCUACCACCAUUUGCUGCUGCCAGUGGUAUUGAAAAGCCAGAUGGACUUUAUCAAUUACUUGUAAAAAUGACUACGAAUGGCUCGAAAGAGUUACAUGAAAUUUUAGACGGAGAAAUGAAACCAAAAUCAGUGGAUGUUCAAAUUCCUAAAUUUACUUUUGAAGAAGAACUGCCUGUGAUACAAGUUGCUCAAGAAUUAGGUAUUGGUCAAAUUUUAGUGCCAGGGGAAGCGAAUUUACUAGGUUUUGUAGAAGAUGGGGAAGAAAGUUUGCACAUUGGAGAUGCUGUUCAUCAUGCGAAAAUAGAGAUUACAGAAGAGGGUACAACUGCUGCUGCUGCUACAGCUGUGUUUAGCUUUAGAUCAAGUAGACCAACUGGGCCAGUGGUUUUUCAUGCGAAUCAUCCAUUUUUGUAUAUUAUAUAUCAUCAUGCAUCUCGUAGUAUUCUAUUCAGUGGAAUUUUUAGUAAACCAACAAAAUAAGAAAGAUAAAUUUUUGCUGUUAACUUGAAAUAUAUAAAUAAAUAUAAUUUUAUAAUAAUUACAAAUUUGACCCUCCCCCAAAUGCGAAAUGGCAAGACUGUCAAAACGGAGUAACUUUGGUCCAGUAAUGUCUGACGAAGUACGGCAAUCGUUACUGGGCCAGUAUUAGCACCAAUACUUGCGGUAAUUCUGAUUUGAUAUAAUUGAUCCGAAUUCCGUAACAUUACUUGGCCAAUAUUGGCACCAAUACUUGAUAAUUAUAAUUUUCCAUAAUUGAGACGAACUCUGUCUCAUUACUGGGUCAUUAUUGGCACAUUAACGGCUGUAAUGUUGAAUUUAUUUUGACACGUUAUUUUUUCCAAGUUGGAACGAAUCUUGGUUUAGUAAUGGCGCAUUAACGGCUGAAAUGUUCCUCAAACGGAGGUUAUCAGAAAAUUUUUGUGUUGAGAUUCCCAUUUCGGCUUAUAGUAUAGUGGUUAGCGUGUUAAAGCCUGAGCAGAAUAAAAACGUAACCGGAAUCGCAAACGCAACCGGAAGAAUGAGUUAGAGGGCGAUAGACAUAUUGUUUGUCCUUCUCUAACUUAUUCUUCCGGUUGCGUUUGCGAUUACGAUUCCGGUUACGUUUCUAUUCUGCUCAGACAUUUAGACUUCGAUGCGUUAGGUUGUGAAUUCGAUUCCCGCGAGCGUUAGAAAUUUUCAAAUGUUUAAAAAAUUGCAGUUUCUGUCAGGACUUAUAUUUUAAAUGUAUAAUGAAUUAAUUAGUUUAUUAAUUAAUAAUUAUAAUUUUUAAAUUUUUUUAAACUUUGACAAUACUGAUGGUUAAAAAAGCCUGUUCAUCAUUGUGAAUUAACCUUAUACGCACUUCGACGUACUUUCGUUUCCUGCUUCUAUCAGUGUCGCCACUAAUAAGGCAACCAAGAUUGGCCCAGUAAUGAUGUCAGAUACUUGAUGGGGCCGUGUUGGUUUUCGUACUUAUGGGUCUGUACAAAAUAUGUGAAAUCUUUUUUAUAACAAACUAUUAAAUAUUUCUUAAAAAUG